AUAUCAAGAAAAAGAAGAGAAAGUCUGUCUCUGAAACUGAUGUCAGUGAACUUCAGCAUUCUGAAACUUUCUUCAUCGCUCCAUCAGACAAGGUUGCCACAUUGGACACCAGCCAAUGGCCUCUUUUGUUAAAGAAUUUCGACAGGCUUAAUCAGCGUACAAACCACUACACACCAAUCCCAGCAGGAUGCUCUCCUUUGAAGAGACCAACAGAGGAAUAUGUGAGGUCUGGAUUCAUCAACUUGGACAAACCAUCCAACCCGUCGUCCCAUGAGGUUGUAGCAUGGAUCAAGAGAAUUCUGAGAGUGGAAAAGACCGGCCACAGUGGUACUCUUGACCCCAAGGUUACCGGAUGCCUGAUUGUGUGCAUUGAGAAAGCCACUCGACUGGUGAAGUCACAGCAGGGAGCUGGGAAAGAGUAUGUCUGCAUUUUUGAGCUUCACAACCCUGUGGAGGAUGAGAGGAAAGUCAGACUGUGCUUGGAAGGGAUCAAAGGUGCCAUGUUCCAGAGACCUCCGCUGAUAUCUGCUGUCAAGCGCCAACUUCGUAUCAGAACUGUGUAUGAUGUAAACAUGCUGGAGUAUGACAAGGAAAAAAAUAUGGGUAUAUUCUGGGUGAGCUGUGAGGCAGGCACAUACAUUCGUACCAUGUGUGUGCACCUGGGUCUCUUCCUUGGGGUUGGAGGGCAUAUGAGAGAACUGAGGAGAGUGCGUUCUGGGAUCCAGAGUGAAAAGGAGGGAAUGGUGACGAUGCACGACGUGUUGGACGCACAGUGGGUGUAUGACAACCAGAAGGAUGAUACGUACCUGCGCUGUGCUGUGCGACCUCUGGAACUGUUGCUCACUGCACACAAGAGGAUUAUCAUUAAAGAUUCAGCGGUGUGUGCUGUAUGCCAUGGAGCCAAGGUUCUCCUUCCUGGUGUGCUGCGCUAUGAGGACGGGAUCGAGGUGGGACAGGAGAUUGUUAUUGUCUCGACAAAGGGAGAAGCUGUCGCUUUAGCUAUUGCUCAAAUGACGACUGCUGUGAUGGCCACCUGUGACCAUGGUGUGUGUGCUAAGCUGAAGAGGGUCAUCAUGGAGAGAGACACGUACCCCAGGAAGUGGGGGCUGGGGCCAAGGGCCUCCCAGAAAAAGCAGAUGGUAAAACAGGGCAUUCUUGAUAAGUAUGGAAAGCCAAAUGAAAACACACCCACAAACUGGAACCCAGCCAUUGAAGAUUUCAAUGUUGGCAGCAAAACGAAAUCUGCAGCAAGUCCAGCAGCAAUGACACCGGUGGCGACCAAGAAGAGAAAGCACGACAGUAGCUCAGACAGUGAGGCUGCUGAAACCUCUGCUGUGGAAACUCCUGCCAAAACUGUCGGCUCUGAGGGUGAUGCAACUGAUGAGAAGAAAAAGAAGAAGAAGAAAAAGAAGGACAAGGAAAGGGUGAAAGAGGAUGACAGCGAUGCUGAGGUCAAGUCUGAAAAGAAGAAGAAGAAGAAAAAGAAACAAAAGAAGGAAGAGUCUGACUCUGACUAAACGACUAGAGUCUUUGAGGGGACAGCGUUGUUUUAUCAGGAAAGAAAGUUUUUUAUCAUGGGCAAUAAUUGUGUGAAAGUAUGCAUGAAUGAAGAAUAUCACCAAAGAAGUCUUUUAGUUGCAGUUUGAAAGGAACAGAUUCAUAAAUAUGUUUAUAUCCCAUUUUAUCUUGAAGAGACUGGCUUGAAAGCCCUUGGCCAAUCCUUUCUUUUUUGUUGUUGUUACAAAACAUUGCGGACAAUACAUAAAAUGACCUCUCUA